AUGACCACAAGCUUCGCCAACCCAGACUCCCUCGCCGAGCUUUCUGCCCUCGUGGAGCGAACGGUACAGCUGCCUUCCUCCGCGCCCAAAAUGGAUCCACGCGACUCUGCCACUGCCGAACGUGCUACUGACAAUGAAACUCAGCUCAUAGAUACGGGCCGGUUGUUUCGCAAAUCGAAUUCCAUGGCCGCUAGCACACACAUCCAACGCUCCAUCCCCGUAUACUACGAUGGCUUCCAGAACGCGCUAGACAACCUCUCCGAACAAAUUUUCAUCGCAAAGGCCUUCCUGGAAAAGGACUACGAAGCAAUCAAGGCACGCGAGGUCGUGCCUCAGCCCGCCGAGGAUGUAUCCAUGAGUGAAAUCAAGCAGAAAAUAGAGCCAGAUCUACAACCGUCAACUCUCGAGCAGACAGAUCUAGCUUCGCGACCUCUCAAGGUGGAACCACCCUCGGACGAAAGCGCGAUGGCAGGUCUUUCACUACCAACAGAAGCUAUCCCCGCACCACAACCCAGCGAACCCCUACUCAAGACGGAAGAAAAAGACACGGGAGGACUAGCAGUGACGGACCAAACAUUCCCCGGAACCGAAGGCAUUCAAUUCGACACGGUUCUCGACGAGAGCGGAGCGACCAACUCGUUCGACCUGAAUUACGACUUUGGCAACGAUGAUAUGGGCAACCAGGCCUUCCUAUCCGGGACUGGCUUUGGCAGCACCACGACCGGCACUGAUAAUCCCGCUACCUCCCUACCACCGACCGACAAUGCGACCGCGGCCCCCGCAGGCGGGGGUGCAUUCGACAUGGAGCUGGGUAAGACGGAGGGUGCUAAUGCAUUCCCCGACCCGGGCACUGGGAUGGAGGAUAUGAUGGGACCGGGCGAGUCUAGCUUUGAUGAUUUGUUUAUGGAGAAUGAGAACUUUGGCGAGACGGCGGGGGAUCUACAUCAGUUGGAGGGUGAUAGUUUGAUGGAGAUUAAUGAGCUGGAUGAUAGUUGGUUUAAUUGA